UUGGACCAUCCAGGUGUUAGCAGGUAAGUCGUGCUUUAAAUUUUGCCAAUCUUUCCAUCCAGUGCCAAAUUUUCUUUCUUUCUUUCUUCCUUUUACUUACUCGUCUCCCAUUUAUUCGAAUACCGUCAUAAUUCGCGCUCACUGCAUACUAAUCGCUUCUCCAGUCACAUCCGUCGACCUUCCUCUCCUGCCUCUCACGCCCACUCAGCCUAUUCCCUCACACCUUCCACCAGGCCAAUCCUUGCAGACAUGCAGCUUCCUCUUGAGCCCCCCGCCCCUCUCUUUGCCGCCGAUGACUCCUCCUCAGGCCCCCCAUCUCCCCGCACAGAUAGCCCCACCCUCCCAAAGGACAUAUCUCUCUCCGUAAACUAUCUCCCUAACAAGUUUUCUUCUGGUUUGCUCUCUCCCACUCCCCGCAGGCGCAGACCAGCAAAGGCCAAUGCCGACCAUCCUGCUAUGCACAAAAGAGGUGGCGGUAGGGAGGCCUUUAAGAGCGGUGAAGCCCGUAUGCCCGCAGAGAGCGACGAAGACUACGACGGUAUCACCGGUCGUUGGUUCGGUGGCAAAGAAGGUGGUCACACUCGUCCCCGCAUGCACUGGAACAGGUUCAAAUGGGCACUCUCGAUCGCUAAUCUCGCAUUAUCCAUAUACGCCCUCGCAGGCCUCAUCUUCUGUCUUCUCACCUGGUUUGACGUAUUCGAACACGCAGACAUCGUCCGCGUAGGUAACCGAACAGAACUCGUGCUUUCCACAGCCGCUGCCAUCCUCGCCUCACUCACUUCCGUAAUCGGCUGGGCCGGCAUCCUUCUCAACAACCGCUCCUUCCUAGCAGUCUACACUUUCGCUCUCUGGCUCUGCUUUGCCCUCCUCAUCACACCCGGCUACAUGACCUACAAGCAGCGCACCUUCAAUCUCGAAGGCAAAAUUAAUGCUCAGUGGUCUCGCGAUCUCGGCGCAGACGGCCGUCUCAGGAUCCAAAACAAGCUCCAUUGCUGCGGAUAUUACUCCCCCUUCGUCGAAGCCACUAUCUCCCAAACCUGUUACGCCCGCUCCGUUCUCCCAGGGUGCAAAGAAGCUUACAUCAACUUCGAGAAACACGUCUUGUACCUUUGGUAUACGAUUGCUUUCUCCCUCGUCCCACUCCAGCUCGUCAUCAUGCUCGCAGGCCUCUUGUGCUCAAACCACGUAACCUACCGCUUCGGUAAAGGCAUGAUGCCCAAAGCCUAUAGGCUCAGUAUGGCAAGCAUGGCUGUUAUCAUGGAUAAUUACGCCAGUCAACUGGCAGAACAAUACGGCACCGAAAUCGCCUCCGACAUCGUAGCACGGUCCCGGCAUCUUGAUUCUAUGACACACAACUCUGGCGUUGCGAACGUGACGGGCACGACAUACGCACCCUCCCAUGGCAGGUACGAUUCCCUGGCAAUGAAGUCGCCUUCACCGAGAGAAUAUGAGUGAGCGAGCGAGACGACAGAUGGAUGGACUACUUUUUCUUUUUAACAUUUCUUUCACUGACAUACCGCUCUGAUACCGUUUUAGACUCUUGCUUUCUUAUUUACCCAGAUGGCGCUAAUCGUGUGCUGCUGGCUGCACGUUCUUACUUACUUACUAGUCUCGUUCGUUCCUGCCGUGCUUCGUACGCGAUCAUUCUAGUACGCUUCACGUACAUGCAGCUAUACAAUGGCUGCGUCCGUUCUUUACAUACGAUCAACGAAUAUACCGUCGUAAAUUCAAGCAUUUCUCGUGUAUUUGGGUGCAACACGAGUCGAUAAAUCAUCCC